AUUCCUUUCCCCCCCGCCCCUUCAGACUCUCUCGGCUGUCCACUUCGGCCCUUCUCUAUGCCUCACAGCCUGUUUAGAAAGGCUGGUCCGGCGGCUGAGCCUGGCGCUGUCCUGAGAAGGAGCGCUCGGUGUGGAAGAGAUGAACCGGACAAAAGGUGAUGAGGAAGAAUAUUGGAACAGCUCCAAGUUCAAGGCGUUCACUUUUGAUGAUGAAGAUGAUGAACUCUCACAGUUAAAGGAAUCCAAACGGGCGGUGAAUAGCCUUCGAGACUUCGUGGAUGAUGACGAUGACGAUGACCUGGAGCGAGUCAGCUGGACUGGAGAACCUGUGGGAAGUAUCUCAUGGUCCAUCAAAGAGACUGCUGGGAAUAGCGGGUCAACCCCUGAGGGACGUGAACAGCUUAAGGGCCGAAACAGCUUCUACACACAGCUACCCAAACCUCCUUCUGCUUACUCCCUGAGCAGCUUCUUUAGAGGUAGAACUAGACCUGGGAGUUUCCAGUCCCUUUCUGACGCUCUGUCAGACACACCUGCCAAAAGUUAUGCUCCAGAGCUGGGAAGACCUAAGGGAGAAUAUAGGGAUUACAGCAAUGACUGGAGCCUCAGUGAUACAGUGCGUCGCCUCCACCGGGGCAAGGUCUGUUCACUUGAGCGCUUCCGCUCUCUCCAGGAUAAGCUGCAACUCCUAGAGGAGGCAGUGAGCAUGCAUGAUGGAAACGUCAUCACUGCAGUUCUGAUCUUCCUGAAGAGGACCCUGAGCAAAGAGAUCCUUUUCCGAGAGCUGGAGGUACGCCAGGUCGCACUGAGACAUCUCAUUCAUUUCCUUAAAGAAAUAGGGGACCAAAAGCUGCUUUUAGAUCUCUUCAGGUUCCUAGAUAGAACAGAAGAGCUGGCACUAUCCCAUUAUCAAGAGCAUUUGAACAUUCAGGACCCUGAAAAACGAAAAGAAUUUCUUAAGACUUGCAUUGGUUUGCCGUUUUCAGCAGAAGACUCUGCACACGUACAAGACCAUUACACACUGCUGGAGCGCCAGAUCAUCAUUGAGGCAAACGACCGACACCUGGAGUCUUCAGGGCAGGCUGAUGUCUUCCGGAAGCACCCCCGUAAAGCUUCCAUUCUCAACAUGCCACUAGUGACGACACUCUUCUACGCCUGCUUCUAUCACUACACGGAGUCUGAGGGAACCUUCAGCAGUCCCGUCAACCUGAAGAAAACAUUCAAGAUCCCAGACAAACAGUAUGUGCUGACAGCCUUGGCUGCGCGCGCCAAGCUUAGAGCCUGGAAUGAUGUUGAUGCCCUGUUCACCACAAAGAACUGGUUGGGUUACACCAAGAAGAGGGCACCCAUUGGCUUCCAUCGAGUUGUGGAAAUUUUGCACAAGAACAGUGCCCCUGUCCAGAUAUUGCAGGAAUAUGUCAAUCUGGUGGAAGAUGUGGACACAAAGUUGAACUUAGCUACUAAGUUCAAGUGCCAUGAUGUUGUCAUUGAUACUUGCCGAGACCUGAAGGAUCGACAGCAGUUGCUUGCAUACAGGAGCAAAGUAGAUAAAGGAUCUGCUGAGGAAGAGAAAAUCGAUGUCAUUCUCAGCAGCUCGCAAAUUCGAUGGAAGAACUAAGAGUCCUUUGCUACCCUGAAACCUGCCUCACUUCUUACUUUUCUUGCCUGUGAAAACAGAGAGCUCUCUUCUUGGGAGAAUCACAGCAUUCUACAUGUGAGCCUGUCAUUCAAGGCAGUGCCUGCUGGUUUGGGGACAGAAACCAGCCUUUGAGCACAUGUAUCUUCAGACUGAUCUGUCCAGGGGACAUUACCUACAGGCCAGUAGCUAAAGGCUUUGACUCUCAAGAAAGAUGCUCUGCGCCAGUGCCUGUGGAAAGGUGGGAGUCCAUCCUGGGUCAGAUGUCUCAUGGUCAGAGAAAAGUGACCACUCCAGAAGUACAUCGGGACUAAGAGCUACAGGUGUCUCAGGAUGGUUGUGACAUUCCUGUGUCCUUUCAGUUGUUGUUACCCAGAACCUGGUGUUGGGCAUGGACAUUUUUGCUCUAAGGGAGUCAAACAGAACUAACUUGACUCUUCAGGGGCCUUGUGAAGGGUAUCAGUAUUACUCAGGACCUGCUGGAAACCAGACCCAAGUUCUCAAAGCACAGGGCCACUCAUCAAUGACAGACACUGUGUACCUUCAGCCAGUAUCCACCUGCUGUCCCUGUCAAGUUUGUAUAGGGACAUGGGAGGGACAUAGGGUUCCUCUCCUACCUGUACACUGUCUGGGUGGUGAGCCAUCUGCUUCAACAUGUCCUCUGCUUCUGUAUUAGAUACACUUUUACAUGGAAUUCAGGUUCACCAGUGUUGGGAGUGCUCUUUUAGGCAAAAAUUAUUUCACAGAAGCAGACACAAGUAGCACCUUGUUUAGAUAUCUCUGUAGAGGCCCUGUUUGCCUGCUGGGGACUUGAGCAAUGUUCCAUUCUGCCCUGUGCCUCCCUGAACUGGAUUUUUCUGACAUGCCUACACUCCUAAUAAAACCGUUGCAUUCUUGGUG